GUUUUUUUAGCCACUGCAGGAGUCAGGAUCUGGAGCAACUUUACUCACUGUGUCUGCUUAAAGAUUUAGGGCAUGGCUGGCCAUUACGAAGAGGGCAGAGAGACAAAAGAGAUCAGCAAACUUCUUUGCUCCGAUGCAGAUCAAAAAGACAGCAAUCUCAGGCUGGAUCAUCUGACUCCCAGACCUGAUCACUGUGACCUCGUCCUAGACGCUAUAGACCAACAACUUGAACAGCUGCAGAUUAUCUCUCCAAAACUAAAAAGCGAUGUGGUUCCUACAUCAAAAAGUGGCAAAAACGGAGUUGCAAGAUGGAGCUUUGGCAACAUGUCGACGGACGGCGAUCUUGAUCUGGACGUCAGGCAGCAGGUCAGGAGGACAGGGUGUUGCUCCUUCAUGGAGGAUGUUGGUGAUUUGAAUGACAUCUGUGUUGACCAUGGUGACAGUGACUCAGCUGGAGAGGAAGAGAGAGAAACUCAGUAUACAGCAGCGAGGAGAUUCUCUGAUGCACAUGAACAGAUGAAAAGUCUUUCUGCGUCCUCCAACAGUCAGCAGAACAACAGAAAAGCCAACAGUGAAAAUAAAGACAGCAGUGAAGACAUUAAAGACCUCAUCAGGACGUCCACUCCAGUGAGGACAUCAGAGAGGCAGCUGUCAGACUGCAUCAACAUGAAAGAGGAAGUCUUUGACUGCCGACGUAAAUGUGAGAACGAGGAGAAGAAACUCGGAUCAAAGUGGAUUCAGCUGAAAGAAGUUGAGCUUUGUCUCUCUGAACUCCGACAGAAAAAGAAGGAAACCGUUCGGCAGCUAGAACAACUGUCUGCAGAUACGACUUGGAUGCAGAAGGAGAAAAGAUCUUUGGAGUUUGUUCUGAGAAACAGCAGGUACCAGCUACAGCAGUUCCAGAGGCAGACAGAGUCACAUCUGAAAACUGUGUUCUGCUGGAAGAAGCAGCUGGAGGAGCUUCAUGAGGAGCUGCACAGGGCCACAGAGGCAGGGAGCUCACCGCUGAACAGAUGUGCAUGUCAGCAGAAACAGCUGGAGAAAAGGCAUCAGACUGAGGAGCCCCCCGAUGUUCAAGUCAGCGAGCUCCAGCACGAACUGGGAGAAUGUAGGAUCAAGGUGGGAGCACUGGGCGAAAUGUUGGCGCAGAAGGAGCUGCAGCUGACGGGUUUGCAGGAGGAACGAGACUCUCUGCAAGUGGAGCGAGACAACCUGAUGAGGGAGCUGCAGCUCUACAGAGAGCUGGAAGAAGCUCAGGUAGUGAUGCAAGAACUGAACCUCCACAGGCAAGAGAAAGAUCAAGCUUUAAAGGCACGUCUUAUUCAGGAGCACAUUGAGGAGUUCUGCAGUCUGAAACAGGUUCCUGGGCCUGAGGGAGGGGCGGCAGCGUCUCUCUGCAGGCAGCUGAAGGCCCAGGAGCAGGAGCUGAGGCAGCUUCAGAGCAACACGGCUCAGUGGAAGCAGCAGACUGCGGCUCGCCUCGCAGGCAGCUUUACCGAGCAGCUGAUGGCUGAUCUGGAGAGGUGCAAGACAACGCUGAUGAGGUGCAGAAAUGCAUCAAAGAUGAAAGAAACAAGUCCUGACAGAAGCACCAUGUCUGGCGCAAAGGAAUCUCAGGAGGCUGUUUGCUCCCACUUGCAUCAUGCAGCGGUCGGCGCUGCUGCUGCACACGUCCCCUCAGACGUCUCUUUGUUUCAGCUCCUUUGCUCCCUGCAGAGCAGAGUGAAGCAGCUCCAGGUAGAAAAUCAGGCUUUCCCAGACACACUUAGCUUUGAUGUAUCAGGAUCCUUUCUGACAACAGUGAGAGGGGAAUUACCCAAAGGAGAUUUUUGAGGAUAUUUCACUGCUAAGUAUAAUUACAGGCUGUGCAGUGGCAUGCAAAAGUAUUUACACCCCUUGGAGUUUUUUGUAUCGUCUUACUUUGCAACCACAACUCUCCUGUGGGCGAAGGUGGGUAAAGUAGAUGUCUUGGACUUCAUAAGUUGAGGGUUUGAUUCCAGCUUUCUCCUGCCACAUGAUGAUAUGCCCUUGGGCAAGACACUAAACCCCAAGAUCUGUACUGAUGUGAGUUUGAAUGGUUUUUAAGAGACUGGUGUAAAGUGCUUGGAGCUGUAAAUAGUCCAGAAAAGCACUAAUAAAUUUGGCCCAUUCAUAUUUUAUAAUAUACUAAAACAAAUUAGAGCAAAAUUGAGAAGAGGAAGGAAAAGGAGACAUGCUGUGCCAAUUUUUUAUAAUUAAAAACUUUAAAAAUGUGGCUUAAUAUUCAGGUCCCACUGAGUUAAUUCCUUGUAAAAGCAUUCUUUGUUGUAUGACUCCAAAACCACACAACUGAAAUGAUGUUGAAUGUAUUUUAAAGCCAAUCAGUGGCAGCCAUUAUGACUCACUCACUGUUACAUCUGCAUGUGAUAGAAGAAUAAAAAGCAGGUCACUGUGACAUAAGGCAGCAUUCAUCUGUGCUGAGAAAAAGGGAUCUUCCAUGGCCUGUCGACAGUGAACUGUGAAUGAGUUGUGAACUGUAAAUUAAAUCAUGCCACUUUUGUUAAAUAACC